AUGGCGGCAGACCCCAUACCAGUGAAUCCACAGGCGAUGGACGUGCGAAUCCUGCAAUCCAUUCCAACUCCGGUGGCGGACUCGCUGCUGUCACGGGGGCGCAAGACUGCAGCAGACGUCCUCUCUCGGCCGGAAGCUCUAACAGAGGUCCUGGCACAGCACCAUGUUGCGGACCCCGAGCUCCGCACCAGCUCCAUGCUGGCGGCGUGCCGCCAAGAGGCGGCUGCCAAGGAUGCCUGGCACUCUGCCGAUUCCGCGCUCUCACUCCUUCAGAAGGGCAAGGCCACGCAGCCCCUGAGGCUGCCUUGUGCAGGCCUGAAUGGGCUCCUGGGCAGCGCCCUACAGGGUGGGGGUACGUUGCUCGAGGUUUGCGGACUUCCGGGCAGUGGCAAGACGCAGUUCUGCUUGCCCCUCGGCCAAGAGCUUUGUUGGUGCCUCUACUUCCCACUCGCAGCUGUGCGCUGCAGCGCAGAUCUCGCAGCGCCAGUCUCAACUCCACAGAACCGACAGCGAUUGCAAGUUGCAGUGAAAGACGAGGCUGCCCGAAAUUUGCUCACGUGCCCCAGCGGUGACAGGCCACUGCCUGGGUUUCCGGACUCGCUAGCCGAGGCGGCCAAAGUCUUAACAGGGGCUUCCCCUAGAGUCUUGGGCAUCGCACUAGCUGGACUGGAGAGGGCCGCCGCCAGACAAUCACAGGCCGACUCUGGAUGCAGCCUCAGCAGCGCGGCUGCUGGAGGCAGAAGCAUGCUUAAUGGCAUGCUCAAUGUGCCUCAUGUCUAA